GAGAUGAAAUCCUAUGUUCCACAAUUUAGGGUGUAACACGUGGCAGAAAAUUAAGCUCUCAAGUAGACACGUGGUUUCAUGCAACCGAACCACCAUAUUGCAUCCAUUUUCUAUAAUCCAACAUUCUAUCCUAUAUUAUCAAACACACAUAAAUAAAUCCUUAAAACAGCAAACAUGAGUUCCGAUAUCGGAGCGUGGCACGACGGCGGCGGUGGAAGCUGGACGAGCCCUUUAUUCAGCAUGCCCUUUUCUUCCGAUCCAUGGGAUCCUUGGGACUACUACGGCGGAGGCAGCGAAGACGCCGCCGCUCUGGCCCAUUGGCGCGAAACAGACAGCGCCCACAUCUUCCGCCUCGAUCUCUCUGGGGCGAGGAAAGAGGACGUGAAGGUGCAGGUGGAGGAUGGCAACUUUCUGCAUAUAAGUGGGAAGACAAGUGUGGAGAAGGAUAAAUGGCACAGGGUGGAGCGCAGCCGCGGGAGAUUCCGGCUGCCGGAAAAUGCUGACGUGGAGGGAAUAAAGUGCGGGUUGGAACAUGGAGUGCUCACGGUGGAGAUGGCCAAGAAGGAGCUACGUGCACCAACAUAGAAAUCUGCGAUAUAUGAAUGUCACCUCAACUUUGUGUGUGUAUUUUACGUAGGUAGUCCGGUUGUUUUUUUUUUUUUUUUUUGGUGCCAUCUGUAUAAUUUAUGAUUUUAAAGGUGUAUAUCAUUAUGAUUUAUGUACCUAAAAAUAUUUGAGGAGCUUACUACAAGAAUAUUAUAUGACUACUUUCUACUUAAUUUACACCAAAAUAAUUAUUUUUGCAGAAUAUGUGUAGUGAUAGCGAUAUGCUAUACUUUUGUGGCAAUCCUACGUCUCGCCUAUAAAUAAAUACGAUAUAAUUAAGCAAAAAAAAAAAAU